UUGCUCAAGUUCUUGCCUGCGUUCUUCAGCCAGCGGUGACGAUAGGUGUAUCGGGCACGCCACAUAAAGCGUUGCAUUGCAUUGGAUCGACCGUCCAGUUGGCACAUUUUAUCGUUCAGAUACUGCAAUUGUUGUCAAAGAUGCAGGGGCUGAGUGCUACCAGCUUGAAGAGGCAUCCAGCUCUGGUGCCGCUGUUCGGCGCCCUCGGCUUCGGCGUCGCGCUGGCCACCUUCUACACCAUCCGGCUGGCCACGCGGAACCCGGACGUCUCCUGGCGGCGCACCUCCAACCCGGAGCCCUGGGAGGAGUACAGGAACUACCAGUACAAGUUCAUGAACACGGCUAACCACGACUACACCAAAAACCCGGCGCCCAAGUUCUGAGCCGGCCGUCGGCCGGGACGGGUAGUGAUUGUGUGAUCCCCGCCGUGUUUGUACGGCGGUGUGGCGGUGUGGGGUGGGACCGCGGCCGCCUCGGGCAGACGCCAAGGAUGAUCGGGUCCAAGUGGCGUGUGUCGCACGCCUGGAGCUCGAACGCCGUGACUGUCAAAUAUACUAUACGGAUGUA